AUGUUGAUCAAGACCGUCGCCUGCCUGUUCCUCGGGUCGACCGUACUGGCCCAACGGACCACCACAUCGGACCCCUAUGCGGUCACCGGCGCUCGGGUCCGGUCCGGCAGCGUUCCGAUAAGGCGCAACAUCAACGACCUUCAGGCCGAGGCCGGCCCGCAAUGGGACCUAUACAUACAGGCGCUCUCGUCCAUGAUCGGAGCCAGUCCGUCGGACCCCUUGUCCUACUUUCAAAUCGAAGGCAUUCACGGUUCCCCGCCCUUCGAAUGGAACAAUACUGGCCGCAGCAACAGCAGCGGCCGGGCUGGCUACUGCCCUCACGGUGAUGCUUUGUUCUUGCCAUGGCAUCGACCGUACUUGGCUCUCUUCGAGCAAGUCUUGGUUGACAACGCCAGGAAGAUCGCCGCGGGAUAUCGAGGAGCAACCCGGAACCGGUAUUUGCAAGCCGCAGAUGCGCUCAGAGCCCCCUACUGGGACUGGGCCACGACGAGCGACGUCCCCCCUUCAACCGUCCCGCGGUCCGUUACCAUCAAUACCCCCAAGGGCCGCAGGCAGGUCAGAAACCCUCUGUCAGGAUUCACAUUUCCUCAGCAAGCAGUCCGCGGCCAGUUUGGCCGAUUCAGCCCGAGCCCAAGGGCGGCCAUUGCACGUUGCCCGGCCCCCAACUCAUACCCCAACUCAGCCAACCGGAUGAUGGCGUCCAACGAUUUGAAGGAACUGGUUUUCUCGGCCUUUACCUACUCCAAGACCUUUGAGGAAUUCUCUACGACGAGCACGGGCGGAGUCAGCUUGGAGCAAGCGCACAAUCUGGUGCAUAACUCUGCCGCCUGCGGCCAGCAGUUUUCGUCUCCGUCGUAUGCCGCUUAUGAUCCUCUCUUCAUGCUGCAUUACGCCAACGUCGAUCGUCUCUGGGCUCUUUGGCAAGCCGCCAACCCAAACCAGGCUGGCCUUUCUCGUUCGUACGUUGGGGGCUCGCGCUUUGCAACACCCCAAGGCACCACGAUCCGUCCCACCUCCCCGCUGGCCCCCUUCUACGGUCCGGGCAAACAGCAGCUUACCGCGAAUGGCGUUUUGUCAACCCAUCAGUUUGGGUAUACUGACCCGAAUCCGGACAAAGACCUCGAGGAGAGGCGGCGCCGAGCGGUGUCCAUCAUCAAUGAUCUCUACAAGGGCAAAGAUCACGAAGAGAAGAGAAAAGUCUAUCUGGCGCACAUCUCCUUGAGGGCCGAGGAUGUCGAGCGCCCGUCGACAAUCAAGGUCUUUUUGUGCGAUCAGUUUGUGGGCGACAUUGCCGUCAUGGCUGAGCCGUCAAAGGGGCCCGUGAACGCAGCCAUUCCGCUCAACCCUGCUAUUGGGGCCUGCGAGCGCGCCGGCGUCAGCAAAGAAGAGAUGCGGGAAAGCAUCAGCGUGACUAUAACGACGGCCGACGGCAGAGAUGUCCCCCUUGCCAAGAUCAAGACCAUAUCGAUGGAGGUGGAGGAUUUUAUCGAGGAGCCAUCUGCAACAUCAGGCGAGCUCCCGAAAAUCAGCAACCGCCAUAAGGUUCCCGGCCAUCUUAAGCAGCACAUGCCGGAGAAGCCAAAAGACGGUGGCCACGGCAAGGACGAUGGUGGGAAGUCUGGCGGACAUGUGGAUGACGGUGGGAAGCCUGGCGGACAUGUGGUUGAUGCGGGAAAGCCUGGCGGACAUGGGAUAAUCAGCGAUGUCUUGGGAUCAGUCAAAUCAGAUCUAGUCCCGAAUCUGAUUUGA